AAGCCAUAUUAUUUUUUAGUCAAUUUUUUAAAAUUACUAAAAGGAUCAUUAAUGCAUCAUAAUGUACAUAUAUAAAUCACUCUUCAAACAUAAAUUGUGAAAAAUAAAAAGAUAGCUGCUCCAAGCUGCUCUUCAAGUUUAGACUUGUUCUUGCUUGUUUCUGUGUUUUUUUUUUUUUUUUUUUAUUCAUAAGAGUGAAAAGCAAGGACUCCCUCGAUCAAGUAUCAAGUAAUCGAAAGAGGGUUGGGAGGGGUUUUGAUACACUUGCAGAUAUAUAAAAAAAUCAUAUAUACAUAUAUGUAUACACAAACCCCCACUGAGACAAGCAGAGAGACACAAGUCAGUUUCCUCUGAUUUCCUCGCCCCUGUAGUGUGUCACUUGGGAGGCCAAAUAACUAACGUCAAAAAAAAAUAAAAAUAAAAAAACUGUCAAGUAUGGCUGUAACAUUAACAUCAAAUAUAUAUCUCAUUUGACAUGUGUCUUAAAUAACUGAUAACACAUUAAUAAUAAACAAAUAUCAAAAACAUUUACAUCAAGUUACAAUAAACAACAAAAAAAAAAAAUUAAAAAAUGUCAAAUAUAAAUAUUUUUUUUUAAUUGCAAAAAGAAAUUCUACAAUAGUGCGUAAUUUUUUUUAAAUAUUUGUUUUUAAUUUAAUUUUAUUAAGUGAUAAACAUAAUCGACAACUGGGUGCAACGUUAUUUUUUGUUAAUUUUUACAUUAUUUUUUUUUUUUGGAGUAAAUUUGUGAAUUUUUUUUUUUUUUUGAUUAAUUAUCAUUAUUAUUGGUUUACUUCCUUGUUGAAUGAUAGUUUUGUUUGUGAGGGACUUGAUAAAUGUAAUCAGGGUGCCGGAAAUUGAACGUGGCUCAGGGGGGGUUGGGGGGGAGAAGGUGAUUCUUGUCGUUGAGGGGAAUGCCAGACUUGUAACCGGUGCAUGAGACAAAUGUAUUGAAAAAAAUUAAAAAAUAAUAAUAGAAUUAUAUAUAGAAUUGUUAUAAAAGUGUCUGAUGAAAUUGUGUUAAUGUGGGAAAAUGAAAUAGUAACUAUUUAAAGUUACUUGUUAUUGUUUUUUUUUUUUUUUUGUUUUAUUUAUUUGUUGGAGUGAUAUGGUAAUUGUUAAACUAUGGGUGCUCAACAAACUAAGGAUAGAGUCAUAUCAACCGGCUCAACAGUGAGACAAACAAGAAAACAACCAAGAAAUCCAAAAGAAUCAAGACUCAUUGGAUCCAACAUCUUCACCGAGCACAGUGAAGCACUUUUACAAAGUAGACCUCUGCCACAUAUCCCUGCAUUACCUGAGGGUGAUCCACCAAGUGGUACAAGUCAAUCACAACAAUCAAAUUUUUCACAACAUAGUGGUAGUGGUAGUGGAAAUCUUCUUGAAGCAGCAAAUAGAUGGACAAGCAAAGAAAAUCUUUUGGCACAAGAAGAAGAUGAUCCACAAUUAUUUGUUGCACUUUAUGACUUUCAGGCUGGUGGUGAAAAUCAACUUAGUCUUAAAAAAGGUGAACAAGUACGAAUAUUGAGUUACAAUAAAAGUGGUGAAUGGUGUGAGGCACAUUCAAGUGCUGGACAAGUUGGUUGGGUACCAUCAAAUUAUGUAACACCAGUUAAUUCAUUAGAAAAACAUUCUUGGUAUCAUGGAAGAAUAGCAAGAAAUGCUGCUGAAUAUUUAUUAAGUUCUGGUAUUAAUGGAAGUUUUCUUGUACGUGAAUCAGAAAGUAGUCCUGGACAAAGAAGUAUAUCACUACGUUAUGAGGGUAGAGUUUAUCAUUAUAGAAUCAAUGAAGACAGUGAUGGAAAGAUGUUUGUAACGGCUGAGAGUAAAUUUAAUACACUUGCUGAACUUGUACAUCAUCAUUCAAUGCUUGCUGAUGGACUUAUUACACAAUUACUAUAUCCAGCACCAAAACAUAAUAAACCAACAGUAUUUCCAUUAAGUCCAGAACCAGAUGAAUGGGAAAUAAAUCGUACUGAUAUUGUAAUGCGUCAUAAACUUGGUGGUGGACAAUAUGGUGAUGUUUAUGAAGCAGUAUGGAAACGUUAUAAUAUGACUGUUGCUGUUAAAACAUUAAAAGAAGAUACAAUGGCAUUAAAAGAUUUUCUUGAAGAAGCAUCAAUUAUGAAAGAAAUGAAACAUAAAAAUCUAGUCCAAUUACUUGGUGUAUGUACACGUGAACCACCAUUUUAUAUUAUAACUGAAUUUAUGAGUAAAGGUAAUUUACUUGAUUUUACGUACGAAAUAAAAAAUCAAAUAAAUGCUGUUGUAUUAAUGCAUAUGGCAACACAAAUUGCAAGUGGUAUGAAUUAUCUUGAAAGUAGAAAUUUUAUACAUCGUGAUUUAGCAGCACGUAAUUGUUUAGUUGGUGAAAAUCAUCAAGUUAAAGUUGCUGAUUUUGGAUUAGCAAGAUUAAUGAGAGAUGAUACAUAUACAGCACAUGCUGGUGCUAAAUUUCCAAUAAAAUGGACAGCACCAGAAGGUCUUGCUUAUAAUAAAUUUUCAACAAAAUCUGAUGUAUGGGCAUUUGGUAUAUUAUUAUGGGAAAUAGCAACAUAUGGAAUGAGUCCAUAUCCUGGUGUUGAUUUAACUGAUGUUUAUCAUAUGUUAGAAAAAGGUUAUAGAAUGGAAUGUCCACCAGGAUGUCCACCAAAAGUUUAUGAUUUAAUGAGACAAUGUUGGCAAUGGUCAGCUAUUGAUAGACCAACAUUUAAAGAUAUUCAUCAUUCACUUGAAAAUAUGUUUCAAGAAUCAAGUAUAACUGAAGAAGUUGAAAAACAAUUACAGGGUAGUAGUUGUACUAGUGCUAGUGGUGGUGGAAGUGGUGGAAGUGGUGGUGGAGGUGGUGGUAAUAGUAGUGGCAAUGGUAAUGCUAGUGGUAGUGGUAGUGAUGCUCUUAUUUUAUCAUAUAAAAAAUCACAAGUUGGAAGCACUGGAAAUAUUCAUGGACUUGUUCUCGUUUCUGAUCAAUUAUCAACGUCUGGUUUAACUCAAGAUGGACCAAGUACUGUCACAAAAUUAAGUACAUUUAUGGGUGGACUUGCAAAUAAAGGAAGUAGUAUUGUUCAAAUGCGUAGAUCAACAAAUAAAAAAGGAAAACAAGCACCAGCACCACCAAAAAGAACAAGUUUGUUGUCUUCAUGCAGUUCAUUUCGUGACUCUGCAUAUCAUGAACAAGAUCAACAAAUAAUUGAUAAUGUCGGUGCUGUUAAUUUGGAUGAUGGCAACGAUCUAAAUGGUAUUGAUAACACUUUUCAAGGUAUCACACGAGAACUUGUGACAAUGGCAACACAAUCAGUACCAUCAGGAUGUGGUGAUCAGGAUGAUGAUGGUGAUGGAAACCAGCAGAUUACUGAGCAAAAUGUAUCAACAUCAUAUCAAUCAUCAGCAUCACCGGAGUCAGUACUAAAUCAGAAACAAUUAAAAACUCAACAUAAUCCAUCCAAAGACGUACUCCCACAGAAGCUGGUCCACGUGGGUGCCCUGGAAGUGCAAAAUGUUAAACGUGCCAUAAAUCGUUAUGGAACAAUGCCAAAAGGUUUACGUAUUGGUGCAUAUUUAGAAUCAUUACGUCAAAGUGGCAAUUCAUCAUCACAUGAUACACCAUUAGUUAGUGAAAAUAUACAACAACAAUCACAACAACGUGAUCAAGCACAAUUACCAUCAGUAAUACAUGAUUUACCAAGAGAAAAUCAAGAAACAUUACAACAUCGUUCAUUAUCACCACGUCAAAAUAAUAAUUUACGUAAUCAAUCACAAAUGACACGUAGUAAUUCAUCAAGUGGUGUUGUUAAUACUUAUCAACCACCAAAUUCACCACGUAAUCGUUGUGCUAUUAAUCGUAAUAAUAAUCAAGAUAAUAAUAAUAUUAAUUUACGUACAUUUAGAACAACAAAUAAUUCAGCAUUUCGUACAGCAAGUCCAUCAAGAUCAGUACAACCAACACUUGCUGAUUUAGAAUUUCCACCACCUCCACCAUUAGAUUUACCACCUCCACCUCCACCACCACCAUUAUCAUCAUCUUCAAGUGUUAAAUUAAAAAAUUCACCAAUAACAUGUAAAAAAAAUAAAAAUAAAAAAUUACAUGAUAAUAAUAAUAAAGACGAUGAAGAUGUUGAUGAUGAUGAUAAGCUAAAUGAUGUUAAAACACGUGAACCAUCAGUUAAAGAAGCAUCAUCAAGAUUUGGUGUUAAUUUACGUCGUCGUGAUUUACAAAAUGAUUCAAUUAAUUUAAUUAAAUAUAUUGAUGAAAAAAGAUCAGUAUUUAGACCAAUAAAAGAUUCAAAAUAUGAUGGUACAUGUAUAUCAUCAUCAUCACCAGUUGAAUCACCACCACCACCGUUACCACCACCACCACCAUUACCUGCAAAUAAUGAUAAUAAUGAUACAUUUAAUAAAAAACCAGGAAUGAAAGAAAUGUUAGAGUUAAAAUUAAUCAAUGAAAUACGUCAUAAUUCAACAAGUGAUUUAAAAACAACAAAUAAUACAAAUAAAAAAUGUAAAUCAUCAAAUGUAAAUAAUAAUUCAACAUCAAUACCGUCAUCAUCAUUAUCAUCAUCAUCAUCAACAACAUCUACAACGUCAACAACAACGACUACAACAACAACAACGACGACGACAACCCAACAAUUAGAUCCAGCAUCACAAUUAUUAUCAGAAUUAUGUGAAAAUUUAAAUAUUGAUAAAAAAAAAAAUAAAAAAUCAAUCUAUAAUUAUGGUAAUGAAUAUGCAAUGUUAAAUUUAAAAACAAUUGAACCACCACAAGAAUUUAAUACAAAUGAUAAAUAUACAACAUCACCAAUAACUGAAAUGAAUAUUAAAUUAAAAAAAAUUGAUAAAACAAUAAAUCGUUGUAAUCAACUAAAAGAUGAUACAAAUAAUGAAAAUACAAUAAUUGAUUUUAAAUCAAGAUUAAGAAAAGUUGAUAAUACAGAUAAAAAUGAUGAUAAAAAUAAUAAAAAAAAUGAUGAUACAAAUGAUAUUGUUGUAUCGGAAAAUGAUGAUAAUGAUGAUAAAAGAAAAAGUACUGGAAGUAUAAGUAGUUUAAAAAAAUUAUGGGAAAAUAAAGAAUGUACAUCUGGUGUUAGUGAUAAUAAUAAUCAACAAUUAAGUCCAAAAUUAAACGUACGUAAUUUUAAUAAAAAUAAUAAUGAUAAUAUUGAUACUGGUGAUGAUAGUCCAGAGGAUCAUAUUUAUUCAUCAACAACACGUUCAUUAUUAUUAUCAUCAUCAACAACAAAUAAAAAUGUAAAUUUACCAAGUACAUCAUCAUCAUCACAAUCACCAGUUAUCAAUGAUAAUAAUGAAAAACCAAUUGUACCAGCAAAACCAAUUAAAAAUAUAACAACAAAUAAUAAAUUAUUUACAUCGACAAUUUAUGCAACACCAAUUUGUGAUAAACAAAUAACACCAACAACAACAACGACGACAACGAAUGAUUAUGAUGAAACAAUAUUAAAUAAACAACAUAGUAAUAAUAGUACUGUUAAACAUAAAAAAAAUGAUAUUAUUGAAUUAUCAAAUGCCAUUGAUUUAACAAUAACAAAUUUAAAAGGUAAUCCAACAAUUGUUAUGACAAAUUGGUUACAAUUAUCAGAUAAAGUUGGAUUAUUACAUGGUUUAUUACAAAAUAUUAAUAAUAAUGAUUGUGGUAUUGGUAUACCAGCACAUGCUAGAUUUCAAUAUCGUGAUUUAACAGGAAGAUUAGAAUUACAAGGACGACAACUUAGAGCUGCUGGUACAAGAAAUAUCACAGAGAAUACAAGACUACUCAGUGACGUUCAAAAUACUAUAAAAGAUGUUACAAAUAUGGUUCAAAGGUAAAUAAAUUCAAAGAGACAGAAAAUAAUAAUAAUAAUAUUUUUUUUUAUUUAAAAAACAACGCAACAAGAAUCAAAAAAAAAAAAAAACAAAAAGCAAUUUUUUUUUCUUGCAAAUUUAAAUAAUUUUUGUAGAUUUUUUUUUUUUACUUUAAGAAAUAGGUUUUUUUUUUUUGUUUUUUAAAAUUUUUAAAUUAUAUUAUUGAAGAAUAAAAAAUAGGUUUUUUUUUUCUUUAUCAUUUAAGAAGACGUAUUUAAAAAUAUAAAUAUUAUAUAGGCAUAUAAAUAUAUAAAUUAUUCUAAGUCAUUAUUAGUAACAAAGAUAAAAAAAAAAAUAAUAAAAUAAAUAUGCAAAAUGGAAAUAACAGUAUUUCUCUUUUUGAGUGACACGAGAACAAAAUAAAAAAUUUAUUAUUGAUGCCAAUUUUUUUACAUUGACAUAAAUAAAAAAAAUAAUUAAUGAUAAAUAAAAUUAAUAUAAAAAAACAUAAUAAAUAGUCAUUGGAAUUUUUUUAAAAAUUAAUUUAAAAUAUUUACAAAAUUUUACUCAAUAGUUUUAUGAAAAAUAAAUUUAAAAAAAAAAAAAAAAACAAUUUGUGAUCAAAAGUGGAAAUCAAAGUCACUUUAUUCCCUCUCUAUUUUCUUUGUUUUUUUUUUUUUUUUCUAUCUCAACAAUUAUUCGAAAACAAUGAAAAAUUCCCGAUCGAAAUUUUUUACUUUAUUGGCUUUAAUUUUUUAAAUAAAAUCAUGAUUAAUAAAACGCUUAGUAUAUUCGUAAUUACGUCUAGCAUUUAAUUAUGAUAAAAAACUAAAAAUCAAUAAUACCAAUUAUUUGCAAAAAAAAGUCAAAUUAAUUAUAAACUUAUAAUGUUGAUUUUUUUUUUUUACUCAAAAAUAAAAAUGAUUUUGUACUUGUAUAAAUAAACAUCUCGUGCCGAUAAAAUAAAUCGACUGAAUGUACAAUUUUUUGAGUUAAUAAAUUAACUAAUUAAUUGUGCUUAAAGAAACGAAAGAAAUUGAAUUAAUUCAUCUAAAAAAAUUGUCGAUAUAGUUACUAUGUAAUUAUAAUUAAUUAUUGAAUGUCGUAAAUUUUAUUUAACACUGUGUGAAUGUAUUAAAUAAAAGAAUGAUCUUCCAGAGAGCGUAAAUUUGAAAAUUAUAAAUUAAUAAUAUUUAAAAAACAAAAAAUAAUUAUACUUUUUAUUUAUCUGUAUUGAAUAAUUUUUAUAUGAAUAUAAUUAAUUGAAAAAAACAAAUUUUUUCUUUCAAAUCAAAAUAGUAAUUAUUACUCAGCCAUGAUAUAAUUUUUUCCUCUUUAGUUUGUGAGUACACGAAAUGAGGAUAUUUUUAAAUCAAACUUGACUCAUUUUUAGGGUAGAUUAUUUUUA